AUGUCUGCCUUAGAUCAAUCAUUAGACGAUAUCUUAUCUUCAAAGCCUAAGAAGCAAUUCAGAAAGAGAACUCCUGUUGCUAAGGCUAAAGUUGGUAAAACUGUUGGUAAACCAAAAGUUAACUUGAGAAAACAAUUACAAACUAAAGGUGCUGCUCCAAAAGGAUCUGUUUUAGAUGCUUCUUAUGCUAACAAGGUUGUUGUCUACCAUUUACCAAAAGAUAUCAAACAAGAUGCUAUCAAGGAUUUUUUUUCAUCUCAAGUUGGUGGUGUUGUUAGUGUUGCUUUAUCAUACAAUGAAAAAGGUCAAUCAAAAGGUAUUGCCACUGUUAUUUUCAAAUCAUCAGCCAAUGCUACCAAAGCUGUCGAAAGAUAUAAUGGUGCCCCAAUUGAUGGUGGUUCAUCCAAAUUAAAGUUGGAAUUAAUCAUUGAUCCAACCAAGAAACCAUUAAGUAGUAGAAUUUUAGCAAAUGCUGGUGCUGUUCCAACUCAACCAAAAGGUUCAAAAGCCAAUGGUAAAAAACAAGCUGCUGCUGCUGCUCCAGCCAAGAAACAAGGUAACAAACAAGGUGGUAAACCAAAAACCAAAAGACCAGCUAAAAAGACUAUUGAACAAUUGGAUCAAGAAAUGUCUGAUUAUUUCGAAAAGAAGGAUUAA